CCUGAGUUUAAGGUUUGGACAAAUAAACAAUGAAGAAGUAUAAGUAAAUCAUUGCGAUGGGAAAACAUAAAAAAAGGAAGCAUGAGGAAGGGCAUAAAUCUUCCAAAAAGUUUAAAGCACAAGACGAUCUUUCUGACUAUGAACAAGAUGAAUCUAGCAAUUUAAGCUCUUUUGACAAUGAAAAAACAGACGUCCCAGCUGCAGCUGGUAGAUCAGUGGAUGAGGGAGUCAAUGUUAAUGCUGUGGAUGAGUAUGGAGCUAAAGACUUCCGCAAAGUUGUAAAAUUAAAACCAGACCACUCUUCAAGACCGUUAUGGGUGGCACCUGAUGGACAUAUCUAUCUUGAAUCGUUUUCUCCAGUUUAUAAGCAUGCACAUGACUUUUUAAUUGCAAUUUCAGAGCCUGUAUGUCGUCCCCAACAUAUACAUGAAUACAAACUGACAGCAUAUUCUUUGUAUGCUGCAGUGUCUGUGGGUUUACAAACAAAUGACAUUAUUGAGUAUUUAACAAGGUUGAGCAAGACCAGCGUUCCAGAAGGAAUUAUUCAAUUUAUACAGUUGUGUACAGUUAGUUAUGGAAAGGUGAAAUUAGUGUUGAAACACAACAGAUAUUAUGUGGAAAGUAACUUCCCUGAUGCUCUCCAGCAAUUAUUAAAAGAUCCUGUCAUUCAGAGUUGCAGAGUGGUUAGGAGUAAUGAUAACGAGGACGAUUUGAUCUCGUCAAAAUUUGUCAGUAAAUCAUCAUUAAAGCUAAACAAACCUAAAGAUAAAGAAACUAAACCUGAGCAAGGUUCUACUCAAGAAAACACAGAGGAUACAGCAGAUUCAGACAAACCUAUCCCGACAGAUAUUUCUGAUUAUUUGGGGAAAGUUAUGAUGGAUGACGAUGAUGAGGCGGAAGAAGAAUUACAAACCGUCUCUUUUGAAGUUUCUCAAGAACACAUUGAAUCUUUGCAGAAAAGAUGCAUAGCCAUGGAUUAUCCACUUCUUGCUGAGUAUGAUUUUCGCAAUGAUACUGUGAACAAAGACAUUAACAUGGAUUUAAAACCUUCCACCUUGUUGCGUCCAUAUCAGGAAAAAAGCCUUCGAAAGAUGUUUGGUAAUGGCAGAGCAAGAUCUGGAGUUAUUGUGUUACCGUGUGGUGCUGGUAAAACGUUGGUUGGUGUUACUGCUGCAUGUACAGUUCGGAAGAAAUGUCUUGUCUUGUGCACGUCAGGUGUGUCUGUUGAGCAAUGGAAAUCACAGUUUAAAUUAUGGGCGAGUAUUGACGAUAAACAUAUAUGCAGGUUUACAUCAGACGCAAAAGACAAACCUGUUGAUUGUCAUCUAGCUGUUACAACAUAUUCCAUGAUUGCACACACCAUGAAAAGAUCUUACGAAUCAUUGCAAGUGAUGGAAUUUUUAAAGAACACAGAGUGGGGCUUGAUGCUUCUUGAUGAAGUGCAUACGAUUCCUGCCAAGCAAUUCAGAAGAGUUUUGACAAUUGUAAAUGCUCAUUGCAAGCUUGGUUUGACUGCAACCUUAGUUCGUGAAGAUGACAAAAUUCAGGAUCUAAAUUUCUUAAUUGGACCUAAGUUAUACGAAGCAAAUUGGAUGGAGUUACAAAACAAUGGAUAUCUCGCUCGUGUGCAAUGCGCCGAGGUAUGGUGUCCAAUGAGUCCUGAGUUUUAUCGUGAAUAUUUAUCCAUUGCUACGAGGAAGCGAAAUUUAUUUUAUGUGAUGAACCCAAAUAAGUUCAGAGCGUGUGAGUUUCUUAUUCGCUUUCACGAGAGACGAAACGACAAAAUCAUUGUAUUUGCAGAUAACGUAUUUGCGUUGAGACAUUAUGCUGUCAAAUUAAACAAACCUUUCAUCUACGGUCCGACAUCGCAAGGAGAACGAUUGCACAUUAUACAGAACUUCGUACACAAUCCUCUUGUCAAUACCAUUUUCAUAUCAAAGGUUGGAGAUACAUCUUUUGAUAUGCCAGAAGCGAAUGUACUUAUACAGAUAUCUUCGCAUGGUGGUUCAAGAAGACAGGAAGCACAAAGACUUGGUCGUAUUCUUAGAGCUAAAAAAGAUAUGGCGGCUGAAGAAUACAAUGCGUUCUUUUAUUCCCUCGUUUCGACGGAUACUGAAGAAAUGUUUUUUUCGAACAAAAGACAAAGAUUUUUAAUCAACCAAGGUUACAGUUAUAAGGUUAUCACAAAACUAGCGGGCAUGGACGAAGAGGACCUGUCCUACUCCAACAAGAAAGAACACCAUGAACUUUUACAGAAGGUGUUAGCUGCUACAGACACAGAUGCGGAAGAAGAAAGAGUUUCUGGUGACGUCAAUACCAAAAAUCCAAUGUCUCAACUGUCUGUUGUACGACGCCAUGGUUCAAUGGCUUCGAUGUCGGGAGCAGACGAUAUGAUGUAUGUGGAAAAUUCCGGAAGCAAACUACCCAAAAGCCGACAUCCGUUGUUUAAACGUUUUAGAAUGUAAACAAACAAUGCGAUGGAGUGGAUGGCAGUUUUAGAAUGUAAACUGAGAUGGAGUGCGUGGCAGUGCUAGCAGAUUGUCAAUGAAUUUUCACUUAUGGUAUUUAAAACAAAGCUCCAACCCGUUGCAAUGAUGUCCAAAAGACACAUCUUAGAAACAUGUUCUAGGGUGUUCUCUCUGUCAGGAAAGUUAAAAAUUUCAAUAUUUCAAUUUACAUUUAUAGCUGAAAGGAGCAACACUGACUUUAUAUCAAAUGUUUAUUUAAUAAAAAACAAAGAUGGCAGCCCUGAACUACAAAUUUAUAUAUUAUGAAGUUAUAUUUAUCGCACUGAAUAAAAGGUAAAAAAGUGUAAUUUUCAACUAGAUAAAGAAAAGUAUUCAGCUUAUAA